GAGGACGAACCAGGAAUCCAAUAAAAAAAAAAAAGGGCAAGCUAGCUGAACAUAUAUAAAUGUUUAGUGCCAAUGUUCUUGAGUUAAAAAAAAAUCAAAUUACAAAAUUCAACAAUGUCUUCACAUUCAGGAUUAUUAGUCUUGUUUUACAUUUUCCCUCUUUUGAUAAUCUCUUGUUGUGCUUAUUCGUGGGAGGCAAAGGAGGAGAAGAUUAACCAGUCGGUCUAUGAAACUCUCCAGUGGUACGGCUUCCCGGGAGGACUUCUCCCAGAAGGCGUAACCGGGUAUAACCUGAAUACUGUUACCGGCGAGUUCUCGGCUUAUUUCAACGGCACGUGCAUCUUCGAGCUGGCCAAUUCGUAUCUCCUCAAAUACGAGACAAUCGUAUCGGGAGAGAUAUCCAAAGGCCAGCUCCGGACAUUGAGAGGUGUCAGCGUUAAGGCGGUUGGCUUCUGGUUUAGAAUUAAGGAAGUGAGAAGGGAUGGAGAUUGCCUUGUGUUUUUCGUCAGUUUCUCUUCGGCUAAAUUCCCUGUCGAUGAUUUUGUCGAUUCGCUGAAGUGUGGAUCAGGGUGCAACUGUAUUAAUGGUGUUAGCACAGGUGAUCAUGUUAUAUAAUCUUCAUGAUGACCGAUUGAUAGGAUGAUCAAAAUCCAUAUGUUAACUUGAGCUAAUUAUUUCUUCGAGUUUGCAUGAUAAUAAGUCAAUAUGAACAGGGAAAUAUAAGGUUCCUCUUGCAUAAUUGCAUUAAUGAAAGUUUUCAUAUUUUCAAUUUUAUUACGUAGGAAAGCACUAGGAGUUAUGAUAUACAUCUUUGUAAAUCUUUUUUUUUUUACGUAAAAUAAUAUUCACGUGACAUCUAAUUAGUCGUUGGUUGAUCCAAUAUGAUUAUAAGUUAUGACGAUUACUCAAUGAAAGUUAAAUUAGAGAUGAUUAACUGACACAUACUGCAAGUAGAGACAUAAAAAUAUGAAAAAUUAUUGGGUACAAUUGCUGUAUUCUGGUUUUUAGUGCAGCAAGAACUAGUACCUCUUAUUUUACUGGUAUAAUCCUCGUAGAAAUUAUCUCUCCCCUCAAAAUUGCUACUUUAUCCUAUUAUUGUGUCUGGUUGUACAAUCAUGCGGUACAGCAGCUUGCACUGAAUAAUUUCUCUAAAAAUAUAUGUUAGUUUUAAAAAAUGAAUAUCACUAACAAAUAUUGAG